AUGGAUUUUACACAGGAUUCCACAAAUAAUAAGGAAAAACCUCCCGAAGACCCUUUGGGUUCUGGAAAGUUUAAACUAAAUAACGACAACCUUCUAAUAUCUCUGGCUCAAUCUCAUAGAAACGCACGGCCGUCUCAAGUAGUAUAUUCUCAACCACUGAAAAGUGAUAAAUCGGAAUACUACGAGGAAUGGCUCCAAAAGUGUGUUGCCUGGAUUGCCAUGGGCUCUGGCAUAAAGAGAAUGGAUUUUAACGCCUUGGAAAAAAUAACUAACUAUUUGGUAAACGAGAUUAAAUCUAUAGGAAGGAAGGCGGCUUAUUUGAGUCGAGUUAGAGGCUGUGAGACGAGCAACUUCGUCGACGUCAUGAACGCAAUAGAGUCCGUGAACCCUGCAGUCUACAACGCAAUUUUCAAGGAGAAGAAAACGUCGAAAAUGAAGCAGAUGCCGAAGCAGAUUCCGCUGGUUGGCCACAACACACUGAUUCAACCUGCAAUGCUAUCCCAGCCGUCUGCUCUCUACUUUGAGUGCAUGGUGAACGCAACUGAGUGCAUAUCGGAAUUGAACAAGGACAACGAAGAGGAGACGACUUUUGUCUACAACAGCAUGAGCAGGAACCAAUACAAGUCUGGGAAGACGCUGAAGAUGCCAAAAAUAAUGGACAUGGACUUCCACUCAAUAUACACGAACCGGGGCCCCUACUCGCUGAAGGCCGACGAGACUUAUCAGCAAAUAGUGGCUUCGCGACCCAGAUUUGUGCACAAGCACAUGCCGCUUCUCCCUCCCGAGUUCGUUACGACGGAAAGCCCGGGGCAGGGCAUGGACUACAGCCCGCGUGACGUGAAAACGUCUGAAAAGUUGACAAGGCAGAACCUGCUUCUCCAGUCGGACCUGCCGAUACUACACAGAGUGCAAAUAGAGCCGGAGCUUCGCGAGUUGAGAUCGGAUAAAGACCAGAUCAACACGCUGAACAAAACUCCGUAA